AUGACUCUUUCAUUUUAAACUUGUUUCAUAAUGACAUUAGUUUUGAAUAUUUUUAUGGGUUUGUCAGAGGAAUGUGCCGAAAUAAUUAUUGGACCUUAGGAGAAAUUCAUUUCAUAAAGAUAGAAUUUAUUAUUAAUUGAGAGUGAAACAGAAGAAAUAGAACAAACUAAUAUUAAUUUAAUUAGUGAAUCCUUAAGAAUUUAGUGCUUUGAAAGUGAACAUAUAAUCUCCACAUUGACUAUUGAAUACUUUAAUUUUAGAUAUAUUGAAGAUUAAUUAUUCUGUAAAUUUAUAAAGACCGAAACCUAUUUUAUCACUUGUAUAAAAGUAAUUGAUUAUUAUGCAAAUCUUAGAUUGAACUAUUUAAAUGAAUAGAUUAUUAUAUCAAUUGAGCUUAACGAAUUGAAAGGAAUUGAAUGUCACGAUUUUUUUAUCAAUUAAGAAUCAUAAUUUAUCAUAUUUUGCAUUAAUAAUUUUCAUCUGGAAAUAUAUUGCAUUGAUUCGGAUGACUAAAUACAUUUGCUUUCCUACCAUAAAAUCAACUAAUAAUAAUAGGAAAUGUGUAAAAGGAAUUUUGUAAAAUUAGAUGAUAAUUAUUUUAUGAUAUCUUUCUAUCAAUGCUAAAAUUGGGGAAUAUAUAUUUAUUGGUAAAAGGAAAUAAAAGAGUUGGUAAAUGAAGAAUUAGUAAAACCUCUCUAAAUAUCAUAUUUAGAAAAUGUUUAGAUUUGUUAAUAUAGCCUUUAUUUGAUUAGUUAGUUUGGGUAUUAAAUAUUUUGGAUUAUCAAAAUGAACGAGGUUAAGAUUUCAAUAUUUUUUGAGUUUCCUGCACAUUUUAGAAAUCUUCUACUUUCAUCAAAUUGCCUAUUCUAGCAUUAUGUUCUCUAUAAUUAAUCAAUUAAUUAGACCAUAAUUUUUCAUUACACCAAAAAAUAGAUGACAUCAUUUGAAGGUACAGAUGUAUAAAUUGAAUAGUUGGAGAACAUAUUUAUUGCGAAAACUCAAAAUCAACUUAAAGUUACGUACAAUUAAGAGUUUUAAUAAAUAAUUUAACUAAAUGCUUCACAAUUAACUAUUGAUAAUAAUUAUAAUUUGAUAUAUUGGUUUGAUGAAACUGCUAAAGAACUAAUUUUUUAUAAAAUUUCAUAUCCAAAAAAUGUAAUUACACCGUCUAAAAACUAUAUCAUCAUGGUUGGUGGUUUUUUAAUUUACAACCAGACCAAAUUUUGCAUCAAAAUUAAAUACAAAAUGGAAAACCACUACAAUAAAAAUUAGACUUUAGAAUUCAAUAAUUAGUGUUAAAAUCAAUCCUCAAUAUUCUAUAGUAAAGAAGAUUUGCAAUUACCCAAUAUAUAUGAGAUAAAACUUGAUUUAAACUCAAAGUUUAGACUCAACAUUUUAGAUUAAUACUCCUUUAAAUCCCUGUGUCCAAAACUCUAAAACUUUAAUCCUUAGGAUACUAUAUUACUAUAUUAUGAAGCCGAUUCUAACAUAUCUUUUUCUAUGAUUCAAACUAAAGAUUACAUCUAUUUCCAAAAUUGUCAUAAUGCAACUAUAAGCAAAGUUGAUAUCUAAAAUUGUUAGGUAUUUUAUUUUUAAAGUUAUCUCCUCCUAUAUAAUAAAAAUAAAUAAGAACUAUAACUUUUUGGAUUUCAGGAUAUAUUAAUUAAAAAAUUUAGGAUAUUAAUUUAAAUAACUGAUAUUCUUUAAUUUUAAUAAAUUUUUUUAAUAUUUACAUCAGAUGGUGAAGAUCCUCAAGUAAUUGAUUUAUCAAACCAUUAUUCAAUUUUUUUAACCAAAUAAGCUAAUAAAAUCUUGAAUAAAUUACAUUAGAUUUAUCACUAAGGCAAACAAAAAAAUUAAAAUUUUACACCUAAUCAUUUUUUUAUUAAAUAAGAUAGAUUAAAAUUUUUUCAGUAUAAUCAAUAUUUGAUAAAUUUAAUUCAUAACAAGGUUAAAAUGUUUAGAUUGGAAAACAUAUAAAUUAUUUUGUUAAGAUAAUUAAUAAACCAAUAAUAUUUAUUGGGAGUACAUUUAAUUAAGAAUUUAAUAACAGAUUAUAUUUUUGAUAUUUAAUAGGUAUCUGAAUUGUCUUCCAUUAAUUUAGACAAUUAUGAAUUGAUUAGACCUUUAAAGUACUAGAUCAACUCAAAAUAUUUGGCCUUGGCAGCUUUGAGUCAAACCAAAACUUAUGUUUUAAUAUUUGAGAUUAGAAUAACAAGACCUCUUCUGUUGGUAAAAGUUAUUUAAAUAAAUAGAAUCGAAUUCUUUUUCUCAGGAGAUUAAUUGUUCUAUUAUAAUUUUGAAGGUGAGAUUAAGAUAUAUAAUUUGCAAUAUUUUGAAUUUUAAUUAUUAGAUUCCAUUGAACAUGAUAAAAUCGCUAUGAAAGGUAACAUUAAUUUUGAAAUUAUUUCAGAAACAAAAAGUGACCCUGCAAUUAGUUUAGGAUUCACAUUAAAGGGUUACAAUGAAUGCUAAAAAUUGUUUUAAAAAAGUAAUCAUUCGUCUAUAGAUUCAACUUAACAAUAAAUAAUACCUUCCAAAUAUUUUUAUGGCUCUAUAGAUCUAUUAAAAAUAGAGGGCAGUAAUGGAACUAAUAUUCUUGAACCAUUAAGAUUUAUUCAGUGCCUUAAUAUCAGUAGUCCCCGUUAUUAAAGUAGAAUCAAGAAAUUUGAUAUUGGUCCAAUUCUCAAUAAUAACUAGAGCUCUAAUAAAAUUUAAAGCAUAGAUAUAAUAUUAGCUGAUGAUGAAUUUGAUCAAACUUUUAUAAUCAAUCCAAUAGAUUAAUUCGAUGGGAAGAUAAUACCAAUUAAUAAUCAGCAUAUAUUAUUUUUUUUUGAUUAAGUUAAUUUCAUAAAGGUAGCCAUGUAUUUGUUAGAUGAAGAUGCUUAAAUUGUAGUACAGGAACCUAUAUUAGUGUUAAAUAUAACUUUGAAAAAAUUAUAUAAUCAUUAUCAUAUUUUCAAAACUGGCGAUCUAAUUGUAUUUAAGUCUUAAUCUCAUUUAUUACUUUAUAUGAUCUUGAAUGCUCGCAUAGAGUUUAUUGAGAAUGAUUUAAUACUUCUAGAUAUGCUUAAAGUUUAAGGGAACAAUCAAUUUUACAUAUCCUUUUCGUAAUUAAGAGAUAAACAAGAAUAUUAAUUCCAUGUUUUUUCUAUCCAUGAAUUUAAUUUAGUUUCUAUUGGAACUGCAAUCCUGUAACUGUAAACCAUUUUUAUUGAAUUAUAAGACUACAUUCAAAUUAUAUUCUAUGAAUUUAUAAACGAAAAUAGUAAAAUAAGUCUAUUAGAGUGUGAAAUUUUUGAUUAGGAUUUGAGACUAAAGGUAUUUCAAACAUUUACCCAAAUUUAAAUAAUAAGUCAAAUUUGCAUAAAUUUGGAAAAUUAUUCAAUUUCUUUUAAAGUCCACAAAAUACUUAGGCACGGAUUUGGAGAUAAUGUUAAAUUAUAAUUUUAUAAUAAAAAUAACCUUAUUCUAAUGUCACCCUCAAAUUUAUCCUACUAUUAUGAUCUAAAAGAAUCUCAAAAUUUUUUUGAUUAUUUUGGAAAAAGUAUUUCAAAUGAUUAUUUAUAUUAUCCUUUUAAUACUACUCAUUUAUAUGUAUUCUAAACAAGCACUAAUUAUAUAUUCUUGGGAGAAUUAGGUUACAACUUUGAUACUAAGAGUCAACUUUUUAAAAAUUAAACAUUUACCUUGGUAGCUGAGAACUAGGUAUCAUAAGCUCGAUGUAGUAUAACCAUUAUUGACAUUAAUUAUCAAUAAGUUGAUAGCAAAUUUUUAAUAAAAUUGCUUAUUUCAUUUGUGCUUAUUUUCGUUUUAUAUUUUCUUUUUAGAAGGGUGCAAUUAAAGCGUAAAUAGUAACACAAUGAAAGACAUCAUCAAAUUCUUUCAAAUACCUCAAAAAAUUGA